AUGCAAAACAUGAAGGAUGUAACUUCAGUUGGAAUCCACGUGGGUGCUGGCUGGGGAGAACUCCAAUGCUCCUUCCGUAUCGGAAGCAAGGAUCUGUUACCACCAUCCGAGGGGACAGAUGAGACGGUCUGUGUAUUUAAGUGUGCAGUGAAUCGGGAAACGCAAUGCAGUCGCGUCGGCAAGCAGUCCUUCAUUGUCACAUUGGGAUGUAGCAGUGUCCUCCUACAGUUUCCAUCACAGAAUGAGUUCUACUCCUUUUUCAAUAUUCUGAAAAACUGCAGAGGUCACAACCUUGAACGAUCUGUCUUCAGUGACCGAACAGAGGAGUCUUCUGCUGUGCAGUAUUUCCAGUUCUAUGGAUACUUAUCGCAACAACAGAAUAUGAUGCAAGACUACAUACGGACAGGCACUUACCAAAGAGCAAUACUCCAAAACCAUGCAGACUUUAAAGACAAGGUUGUACUAGACGUGGGAUGUGGCUCUGGAAUUUUAUCAUUUUUUGCUGUGCAGGCGGGAGCACGAAAGGUGUUUGCAGUGGAAGCAAGCACCAUGGCUCAGCAUGCUGAGCUUCUGGUAAAGAGCAACAACCUAGCAGAUCGCAUCCUCAUCAUCCCUGGGAAGGUGGAGGAGGUUAACAUCCCGGAACAGGUCGAUAUCAUUAUUUCUGAACCCAUGGGCUACAUGCUCUUCAAUGAACGAAUGCUGGAGAGUUACCUACAUGCUAAGAAAUGGUUGAAACCGAAUGGUAAUCUGUUUCCAACCCUUGGUGACGUUCACCUUGCGCCCUUUACAGAUGAGCAGCUUUACAUGGAGCAGUUUACAAAAGCAAAUUUCUGGUAUCAGCCGUCUUUCCAUGGUGUGGAUUUAUCAGCCCUGCGGGGUGCAGCAGUAGAUGAAUACUUCAAGCAGCCUAUUGUGGACACGUUUGAUAUCAGGAUUCUAAUGGCCAAGUCGGUGAAGUACACAGUGAACUUUCUAGAAGCCGAAGAGAAUGAUUUGCACCGGAUAGAAAUUCCAUUCAAGUUCCAUAUGUUACAUUCAGGGUUAGUCCAUGGUUUGGCAUUCUGGUUUGAUGUGGCCUUCAUUGGUUCCCAAAUGACCGUGUGGCUCUCAACUGCUCCAACGGAGCCUUUGACUCAUUGGUACCAAGUUCGCUGUUUGCUUCAAUCGCCACUUUUCACCAAGGCAGGUGAUACACUGUCAGGGACUGUCAUGCUGAAUGCCAAUAAAAGGCAAAGUUAUGACAUUAGUAUUCUAGCCCAGGUGGAUCAGACUGGUUCAAAAUCUAGUAAUGUACUGGACCUGAAGAACCCUUUUUUCAGGUACACAGGAACAACUCCCUCACCACCCCCAGGUUCACAUUAUGUAUCGCCAUCAGAGACCAUGUGGAAUACAUCUGGCUCUUACAACCUUAGCUCAGGACUGGCAGUAUCUGGAGUCCCAACGGCAUAUGAUCUGAGCAGUGUAAUUGCCGGUGGAUCUGCAGUCAGCCACAACAAUCUGAUUCCAUUAGCCAACACUGGGAUAGUGAAUCACACUCACUCAAGACUGGGAUCCAUUAUGAGCACAGGAUUUAUACAGGGGUCUUCAAGCGGUGGACAGGGUGGAGUGAUUGCCAGUAGCAGCUACUAUCCAAUCAACAGUCAGUUUACCAUGGGCGGCGCUGCCAUCUCCAUGGCUUCUCCAAUGUCCAUAAGCACCAACACAAUGCACUAUGGGAGCUAAGAGUUCAUGAUACUGCCUCCGACUUUUUGAACUGACACUUUUGAAAGGAUUAAAAACCAAAUCCAGAUUCAGUUCCCUCCAAAAAAACCCAAUCUCUAUGAAUUGUCCAAAUUCAUUGUCCAUGGAUUUAGUUCAGCUUGAGGGUGGGGUGGGGUGGGGGGUGGCGGGUGUGUAUGCGUGUGUGCGUGCGUGCGCGCGUCUGUUUUGUUUUUGCCAUUGGGAACGACAACAUACAAAUUAUUUGAUACCAGACUUGUAAAGUUUUAUAUAACAAAAAGGGAGGGGGAAAAUAAAUGCUGUUUUGGUCCUGCGAUUAGACUCCAUAGUUCAUAAAUUUUCUCAUCAGUUUGUCGGAGUGCUGCAAGUAACUACUAACAUAUCUUUUAAUACAGACGUGUCCAGUGUGUUGGGAGCAGAUGGCUGAUAGGAGUUAUCCAUUACCUGGUUUAUCUCUUGUCUUUUCGUCCUCUGAUAUCCCUAGCCCCCUCACCUAACGUGCCAACCCCUAUCUGAUCUCUUGAAGAUCUUGGGUUAAUGGACACUGUUAAUUGAAAGUUUCAAAAGUGACAAAUAUCAGCUAUAAACGUAAUAAAUAUUAUAAAUGUUUUUGAUAAGUAAGACAUUUUUUCAUUUAAGGAUUUUUUUUAAGUUACUUUUAAGUACGGAUAGACUGCAUGCAAAAUGUUUUUCCCCAACUCCUUUGAAACCUUCAGUGAUUGAAAAGCUUCCAGGUUCAUCUCAUGGAGAAAGUGUUUCUCAGGGCUGGAAUGAACUGAGUAGCUGUAGGAAAGGAGCAGGUAUCUGAACAUUUUGAGUUGUUUUUUGGCACCUGUCUGACUUGCUUUUGUGUGCCUUUUAUUUUCAUUUUGGCCAUUUUGCAGCAUCUCCACAAAGCCAGAAGCACGACCCUGUUUGAACUGGUGCUGUUUUCGGAGUAGCUGAAAAUUGCACUGCUGAUCUGUUUCUUGACAAUGCCAAGAGCAACCAUGUGCAGGCCAGCUCUUGAUCCAAACCAACAUAUUAUUGCUUUUUGCUUGAUGACUCUUGCAUUAAAGAGUGAACAACUAACAGUCUUA